CUCAAUGCUUUUGUUAUUUCCUAAGCCACCCACUCCCCCACCCUCUCCCCUCCAUCCUCCAACCGCUGCGUCGGUAGGGGACUGGAACGAGAGGUAUAUAAGGACCCUGCCACCUGAAGCUCUCACAAACCAAGAUCUCUCCAGCUUUACUCUGCACCAGGAGCUACAAGGACUUCAAAGUUUUUGCUUCACUUCUCAGACCGCACUUUAACUUCGACUAUUUUGUCAGUAUGCAGCUUUUGUCCAGCCUAGUGUCUCUUUUGCUGGUGCUGUAUAGUGUCAGAGCAGCAGCUGUGCUUCCAGUGGAGGAGAGGAACCCGGCACAAAGUAGGGAAUUGAGCAAAGAGCGCAAGGAGCUGAUCCUGAAGCUGAUUUCCGGGCUGUUGGACGGAGUAGACAACAGUGUGCUGGAUGGGGAGAUAGCGCCUGUCCCCUUUGAUGCGGAGGAGCCCCUGGAGUCCCGUCUGGAAGAACGGGCCGUCUACAACCGGUUAUCACAGCUGCCACAGCGCGACCGCAAAGCCCCAUGCAAAAACUUCUUCUGGAAGACCUUCACUUCGUGUUAAUGGCGUCAGUCCUGCAACGAUGACACGAUCCUCCCUGGUACCUGACAUGAACUGUGUAGACCUCCGCUGUACAUACCAUCUCCAGUGUCUGAAGGAAGGUCUCCGUGGACUUACUCUGACACAGUCUGUUUGUUAAAGACAUUGAUGAUGAUAUUUAUUUAUUUACCGAUUAAGCUGUUUAUGGACCUUUUUUUGUUUUUCAGCAUUAAAAAAAGUAUAAAGCAUG